GAUAUCGAUUUUUCCGAUUGGCGCAGCAGGCGAAGCAACAAAAAAGAACCGUUUCAAAGACCGUGCAACGUCGAGAGCCCCAAAAACUUUAAUAUUAAUUUGGAAAUAUUCGUUUCCCUAGUUAACAGCUCUCCUCUCCUUUUCCUUAAUUUUUCCCCUUCCAAAUCAUUCUAUAGUUUCAUGCUUAGCGUGCCCAAAUUGAGUUUCUAGUGUAGUGUUUCUCAUUUGUUGUUGUUGGUCGGCGGGGGCGGCUGAGAAAAAAGGUGUUUCGAGUCAGGAUUCAAACCGAGUGACCAUUUGAACCAAGUGCCGGCACUAAUGAGAUGGUCUUCGGUGCUAUGUUGCUGACGGGCAACGGGCUCAAAGGUCCCAAACAGCAGCAACACCAGCAGGAUCAUCAGAACCACCAAAAUCAACAAGAACACCAGCAGCAGCAGGAGCAAACGAAACCGGCGGCCUUUAGAUCCUCCAACAAGGAGCAGGACCCGCAGCCCAUUGCCGCUGGGUAUUAUGCCCUCGGUAUACGAAUACCCAAAUCGCCAUCGUUCCACAGCGGUCUAGAUCAGCUGGCCGACGACGAGUUGGAGGACCCAGAUCGGAAUCAGCAGGGUCAAGAGAACCAGCAGCAGGCCGGCAGCAGGUUUAAGUUUAGCAGCGUGGAGGAGCUGAAGGCCAAGUUCGAGGGGCGGAAAACGCCCCUCUCGCCGCCAGAGGCAGCGGCAGCAGCCGGCUCAGGAGCACCCACCACAUCCUCCUCUCCCUCGUCCUCGUCCACCAGCUCCAACUCCUCGGCCUCGGCACUGUCCUCGCUUUCGCAGGCGGCCUCAUCCUCGCUAGCCUCAGCGGCGGCCAACUCCUCGGCUUCGUCCUCGGCGGCCACUUACGGUGGUGGAGCAAACUCUGCGGCAGCGGCUCUGAUUGCCUCCUCGCCGUUUGGAUCCCAGUCCUCCACUUCCUCGUUGUCGCUCUCCUCGAAUGCCGGCAUGUCGAAGAACGCGGCAGGAGCGGGAUCAGGAGCAGGAGCUCCGGGAAUCUCAACAACAGCCGGCCCAGUCAGUAGUGGCAACUCGCUUGUGUCCACUUUGGCACAGCACUUUUCGGCAGCCACUUCUGCCGCAGCAUCGGCGGCAGCCGCUGCAGCAUCCUCCGCCUCGGCGGCAUCCUCCUCGCCAGCUUCCUCAUCCACCGCCGCCAACAACGCAGCCAGCUCCAUCGCCGCCAGCAAGUCACCUGUGAGCGCGGCCGCUGCCAUAAAGAACAUACUGAAUGCCACCAAGAGUGUGGGUACCAGUGCUGCGGCGGCGGCAGCAGCGGCGGCCACCUCCUCCUCAUUAUCCUCAUCCUCCACGCCGGUGGUGCCGUCGUCCGCCGCCGCCGCCUCCGCAGUCGUCGUUGCCGUUUCCACCACCGCCAGCGAUGUGCCCGCAGAAGAGCUGCGUCCAACGGUGGCCCAAAAUCUGGUGGGCGGCAUUAGCAUCUCACUGGGGAUUGGCCAGCGCAAUGGCAGUGCCGCACCGGCAUCAUCGGCCGUUGUGGCAACAUCGAGCGCCAGCCUAGUGGUGACCACAUCCAGCCUGAGCAUCCGGCAGAACGGGGAAAUAGUCCCGAAUCACCCGGGUCUCCAGGCCUCGCCCCAGACGCUGCAACAGCUGACGGGCAGUCCGGGAAGGGCCCGCGACCGGAAUCUGUUCUACUCGCCACCCACCGCUUCGGUUGCCCUGGCGCUGCCUGCACUGCGAGAGACGGCCGCCAGUGAACGGGAGGAGCUGUUCAUCCAGAAGAUCCGACAAUGCUGCACACUAUUCGACUUCUCCGAGCCGCUGAGCGACCUCAAAUGGAAGGAAGUAAAGCGUGCGGCCCUUCACGAAAUGGUCGAUUUCCUCACCAAUCAAAAUGGCGUAAUCACCGAAGUUAUUUACCCGGAGGCGAUUAAUAUGUUUGCUGUCAACCUUUUCCGAACUCUGCCGCCAUCGUCGAAUCCGAAUGGCGCCGAAUUUGAUCCGGAGGAGGAUGAGCCCACGCUGGAAUCCUCGUGGCCGCACCUACAACUUGUCUACGAGCUGUUCUUGCGCUUUUUGGAGUCACCGGAUUUCCAACCAAAUAUGGCUAAACGUUUUAUCGACCACCAAUUUGUAUUACAACUAUUGGAUUUAUUCGAUUCGGAGGAUCCACGUGAACGUGAUUUCCUAAAGACUGUUUUACAUCGCAUCUAUGGAAAAUUUUUGGGCUUGAGAGCAUUUAUUAGGAAGCAAAUCAACAAUGUCUUUUACAGAUUUAUUUAUGAAACGGAGCAUCAUAAUGGCAUAGCCGAGUUGUUGGAAAUCCUGGGUAGCAUUAUCAAUGGCUUUGCUCUACCGCUCAAAGAGGAGCAUAAACAAUUUUUACUUAAGGUAUUGCUGCCAUUGCACAAAGCCAAGAGCCUCUCGGUCUACCAUCCGCAACUCACUUACUGUGUGGUGCAGUUCCUCGAGAAGGAUCCUAGUUUAUCGGAAGCUGUCAUUAAAAGCCUGCUUAAAUUUUGGCCCAAGACGCACAGUCCGAAGGAGGUUAUGUUUUUGAAUGAGUUGGAGGAACUGCUGGACGUGAUCGAACCGGCAGAGUUCCAGAAGGUUAUGGUGCCGCUUUUCCGCCAGAUAGCCAAGUGCGUUUCCUCGCCACAUUUCCAGGUGGCCGAGCGGGCGUUGUACUAUUGGAACAACGAGUACAUUAUGUCGCUAAUAGCGGACAACUCGGCGGUGAUAUUACCCAUCAUGUUCCCAGCGCUCAACCGUAACUCAAAGACGCACUGGAACAAGACCAUCCACGGUCUAAUUUACAAUGCACUCAAGCUGUUCAUGGAGAUGGAUCAACGGCUUUUCGAUGAGUGCAGCAAGAACUACAAACAGGAGAAGCAGAUGGAGCGUGAGAAGCUUUCCCAGAGGGAGGAGCUCUGGCAGCAGGUGGAGAGCUUGGCCAAGACCAACCCGGAGUGGACGAAGGCGCGCCGAUUUAACGACUGCCUGCCGCUCAGUGAUAGCCGGGCCCUUUACGAUCAAUAUAGCGAGAACAACGAUCUGGCGUACGAACAGAGCGAGCAGCAGACGCGCCAGCCACCGCCUCCGCUGCCGCCACAGAAACAGGCGCUCCAGGAGCCCCGAGAGUAAAAACGUGAAAAUAAAAUUGUACAGUUGAAUUUGAAUUGUCUUAACUUAAGGCGUAGGCGUUUACCACCUUGAUUGAGUAUAUCCCCCGACUUCUGCCACAUACUGCGACAUAGCUAUAUGACAUCCACACCACAUGCAUACACAAACAUACUAUAUAUACGUAAAUAUGUUCAACUACUCCACAACUAAAACUUACAAAUAUUAUAUGCUAUUUAGCUUAGCAGUUAGCAGCUUACCUAUAUAAAUAUUUAUAUAAAACAAAUCGCCCAGAAGAACAGAAAAAUUGUGGUAUGUAUGUACAUGUGUGUAUUUUUGUAUGUAUUACAACUUAUAUAUAGAAAUAUAUGUGUGGGGACAACAAUAUUCCUAGGGAUCAACAACACGGAGCUAGGAUUUAUUUGUUUUGAAGCCAGAGAAUGCUAAAUCCUGGAGAAUGUGCCAAUUUCUGGGCCCCCGAACAGUUGAUUCCCAGCAGGAGAAUUCAUACAUAAACCUAUAAGCUUCCUUCUAUCGUCAAUAAUCCCCAAAAUCAUUCACAAAAAGAAGAAAAACAACAGACUGGACUUUGCUGGUCGUAGCAUCUAUUUCUAUAUGUUAAACUAAAUAUAUCUUAAAUAUUGGAUCCGUGUCAACCACUCGUUCGGUUUUAUAGUCAUUACCGGGUCCGUUA